AAAUACUCUCUCUCUCUCUUAUAUAUCACGCGAAAGCUUCGCUUUCAUGCCGCGCCUCUCAGAGCUUUGGCAAGCAUGAAGAGGCAGAGACCAACGGCUCUAAUUUCCUCAAAGAAACCACAAAAUCCUUCAAAAACACCUCCGACACCAAAAACCAUCGAAACGAAGAAAUUAAUUUCAAUCUCCUCUUCUUCCUUCAAGAAAUCCAAGAGAAACCUCACUCAAAUCUUCUCCAUCAGCAACAAAUCCUCUACCAAAGAAACCCUAAUAACCUCAAGUUUGAACCAAACCAAAAACCUCAAAUGGGAAACACUCAACCUGGGAAAGUCAGAGCUCUUCUUGCCUCUCACUUUCCCCACUGGCCAGAUCUUCAGAUGGAAGCAAACAGGCCCGUUUCAGUACACAGGUGUUGUUAAGAACCACCUCUUCUCCCUGAGGCAGCUCGACAAUGAUGAUGGCGAUGUCGCUUUCUUCCUUCACCGGACUACUACUGAUGAAGUUGAUGCCAGGGCUGCCCUUGUUGAUUUUCUCAAUGUGGGUAUCUCGCUUGGUGACAUGUGGAAGGCUUUCUCGGCUUCUGAUUCAAGGUUUGCUGACUUAGCUCCACAUUUGGGUGGUGCCCGUGUUCUCAGACAAGACCCUGUAGAGUGCCUCAUUCAGUUUCUCUGUUCCUCUAACAAUAAUAUUGGGAGAAUUACACGAAUGGUGGAUUUCAUUUCGUCGUUGGGCAGUUAUUUGGGAACUGUAGAAGGGUUAGAAUUUCACGAGUUCCCGUCUUUGGAACGAUUGUCGCUCGUGUCUGAGGAGGAGCUUCGUGAGGCGGGAUUUGGUUACAGGGCUAAGUACAUAGUUGGCACAGCUAAAGCUUUGCAAUCAAAACCUGGUGGGGGUGCAGAGUGGCUUGCUUCUCUUCGUGAAUUAGCUUUGCAUGAAACAAUUGAUGCCCUUUCAACUUUACCUGGAGUUGGUCCAAAGGUCGCUGCCUGUAUAGCUCUCUUCUCUCUUGACCAGCAUCAUGCUAUUCCUGUUGAUACACAUGUUUGGCAGAUUGCUACUCGUUACCUUAUUCCAGAGCUUGCAGGAGUGCGUUUCACACCUAAGCAUUUUACUCGGGUGGCAGAGGCAUUUGUGAGCAAAUUCGGGAAAUAUGCUGGUUGGGCACAAACUCUGCUUUUUAUUGCUGAAUUACCUUCUCAAAGGGCAUUCCUGCCAUCACAUUGCUGGACUGCCAAGGAAACCAGAUCUACCAAGCGUAAUAGUGGGGAGACAGGAGAAGAUCCAUAAAUUGAGGUAUCAGUUUUGGAUGUCAGUGCAAGAGGCCUAACUUGAUGAAAUUAAGCGUGGAUGAAAUUUAGUUCUUAUUUGUGUGCACUCCACUGAUUUGAAGUUGAUUUUUCAGCCAUGGGCUCUCCAAGAUAAAUGGAAAAAGAAUUAAUGAUGCUGGUUGGUUUGUCAGUAGCACAUACGGCACUGGCCUUGUUUCGCUUUUUAUUGCAGAACUACGUCACGUUUAUGUACCUU